CGCUCCCGUGAAAAAAAGACUUCGACAGAGUAACAGCGCGUCCCCGCGACUGCGCGGCGCUAAUUUGGACAGUUUGGCGUCCAGAGGUGAAAAAAGAAGAACUCCCCCACCGGAUUAAAUCCGUGUUCUUACUCUCACCCACGGACUGUCGGAGGCUCGAGCACCGGGAGAACAUGGACUCGACCUCGGGGAACAUUCUCCACGACUCGCCGGAGGCAGUGAAGCUGGUUCCCCGGUGGUCACAAUAACGUUUGUCUGUCAGGAAGUUUGACGCGUUUCGGCUGAAGAUUUGUUUCUUCGCUUUUUGCUUUGGUCCGGGGGAAAAAAGUUGGAGCUCGACUCGUAAACUUGUCUCGUUGCAAAAGAAAAAGAAGAAACCGAAGAAGAAGAAGAAGAAGAAGAAGCGUUGUCUUCACAUUGAAGUCAGUUUGAUUCUCGUGUUGAAGUAAACAGCGACGGAGUUGAUCAAACUUGGCAACAAACCGAGUGUGUUUAUAAUAUCAAACACGUAAAGAUAGUGUUUUUUUCCCCUUGCUGCUUGUCGUCCUCCAUUAUGUCGCUUUCUGACUCACAUGUAUGUGUAUUAGUACAUGUUACGGACAGACAGUUGUGUCUUGGUCGGUUAUUGUUUUUUAAGUAAAAGAUAGUUCCAGCGUACACUCAAACCUGGCAACACAGAGAGAGGAAGCGCGAGAUCCUCAAAAUCACGGAAACCGCACGUUGUUGUUGUUGUUGUUGUUGUUGUUUUUUCCCGUUUGAACUCUCAGAUGGAUUUCAUCCAGGCCACUCGCUUACUGCUGCACCUUUUCUGAUUGUUUUUUGUUUUUUAUCUUCACACUUUGUGGGACUGACGGCUCUGGACAUGUGUCGGGGAUGUGAUCCGAGGCUGCCGGGGAGCAGAAGCUGGAUCAGUCUCAUGUAGGCUGCUUGUUGUUUUUUUUCUUCUUCCCUCCCCCGGAUCCGUUUCUGUUUGUUUUCAACAACCUGGGGAAGGUUUGUGUGUCUGCUCCAACCUGACCGAGGAAGACGAGCCCCCCGCCCUCUUGUUACCUGGUGGUGGGAGGAAGAGGAGGAGGAGGAGGAAGAGGGGGUGAGGUGAGGGUCAUGGCGCCCUCACACGCACGCUCACCCGGUGUGUCAGCGGAGUGACCAGCUGAUGGACGAGAACCGCGGGUGAACCCCGCUGACCGGACCCGAGGUCGUCAAGGUGACAGGCCGUGUCACAGCAGAGACGCACGUUUCCUGAAGGCCCGGCUGGUGGACGACGUACGCAGACAUCGCCACAAUGAACGAGAGGCAGGCUCUCCACUCGAUAAUGAAGGACCUGGUCGCCCUCCAGAUGACGCGGCGCCAGCCUGUCUUGUCGUACGACAACAGCAAACCCAAGACACCGGCUCAGACCAACAGACAGGACGAUGUCAGGAUAAAGUUUGAAUUCUCAGGAGAGAGACGGAUCCUGAUGUUUGGACGUCCUGUGCAGUUCGAGGAAAUCCAGCAGAAAGUGAAGAGUGUCUUUGGGCAGCAGUUGGACCUGCACUAUAUGAAUAAUGAGUUGUCCAUCCCGCUGCGAGGCCAGGACGACCUGGACAAGGCCAUCGACCUGCUGGACCGAAGCUCCAACAUGAAGAGCAUCAGGAUCUUGCUGCUGACUCAGGAGCACGGCAAUGCCCCCUCCCCCUCCCCCUCCCACCAUGUGACGUGUAAACAGGUGAGGAUCAAGUCCUCCCAGUCCACCGGAGACGUUAGCACGGCGUACCAGUCCACAGAGCCCAGGGGGCGACACCUAUCGACCGGUUCUCAGAACACGGGGCGAAGCUCGCCACCCCCUGGCUACGUGCCCGAGCGCCAGCAGAGGAUCGCUCGCCAAGGUUCAUACACCAGCAUCAACAGUGAGGGGGAGUUCAUCCCCGAGACCAGCGAUCAGUGUGGGCUGGAUCCCUGGAGCAGUGCAGAGAACUCCGUCUCUGGAAGCUGCCAGUCUCUGGACAGCAACUCGGACAGCCCCUCGUUGAGGAAGUCUCGCAUGCACAGAGCCAAAAGCCAGGAGUGCUCAGACAGGGAGAAUAAUGUGUAUGACAGGGUCGCGGGAAAGGGAGGCACCUACCCCCGUAGGUACCACGUCUCCCUGCAUCACAAAGACCACAGUGAAGGUCGUCGAACGUUCCCACGCAUCCGUCGCCCCCAGGGGAACCUGUUCACGCUCGUGCCCUCACGCCGUUCACUCAACGGCAGCGAGGAGAGUCUGGGCAGCUGGCAGCUGGUAGAUGCCCAGGGUCGCCUCCGUCCACAGGAUCGCUCUGUUGCCCACAAGUCACCCAGCGCUCCAGUGACGUGGCGGCGGGGGAAGCUUCUGGGCCAGGGGGCGUUCGGACGGGUUUACCUGUGUUACGAUGUGGACACCGGGAGGGAGCUGGCAGCCAAGCAGGUCCAGUUUGAUCCUGACAGUCCUGAGACCAGCAAGGAGGUCAGCGCCUUGGAGUGCGAAAUCCAGUUGCUGAAGAAUCUGCAUCACGAGCGCAUCGUUCAGUACUAUGGCUGCCUGAGGGAUCACAACGAGAAGACUCUCACCAUUUUCAUGGAGUACAUGCCGGGGGGUUCCGUCAAAGACCAGCUGAAGGCAUACGGCGCCCUUACGGAAAAUGUGACCCGGAAGUACACGAGACAGAUCCUGGAGGGCAUGUCGUACCUGCACAGCAACAUGAUCGUACACCGGGACAUCAAAGGUGCCAACAUCCUGCGGGAUUCGGCGGGCAACGUGAAGCUCGGGGAUUUCGGCGCCAGCAAGAGGCUCCAGACCAUCUGCAUGUCUGGCACUGGCAUCCGCUCGGUUACUGGCACCCCCUACUGGAUGAGUCCGGAGGUGAUCAGCGGAGAAGGCUACGGCAGGAAGGCGGAUGUGUGGAGCCUCGGUUGUACGGUGGUGGAGAUGCUGACGGAAAAGCCUCCGUGGGCUGAGUAUGAGGCCAUGGCGGCCAUAUUCAAGAUCGCCACGCAGCCCACCAACCCACUGCUGCCAUCGCACGCCUCCGACCAGGCGCGGGACUUCAUCCGCCGCAUCUUCGUGGAGGCCAAACACAGGCCGAGCGCCGAGGAACUGCUCCGGCAUCCCUUCUCCCAGGUUCUGUGCUGAAACCUUCCCCCCGAGGUUUCUGAACUUAGACCACAGAGUAGCCCUCAGCAGAAUCUGUAGCUUCCUUGAAACCAGACGAUGACAGAAGUCCAAACACGGGACUGGCCUGGACGUUGGUGUAAAAAAAACAAAAACCCAGAGCCUCUGCCACCAUGCAGUUGCUUCAAAGAAGAGUCGGUGUUUGCUCACACACAUCCAAAGAAGAGACAGAGUUUGACAGCUGCUGUCAACACGGUGCCUUUCUAAAAACCAAUGCAAGUACAUGCUUGUACCAAAGUCGCCACCAGGGGGAGACAGAACACAGAUUAAGGAUCUGGUGGUCCACACAUGCAGCAUCACUGAGUCACAGCUCGUGUCCUCCUCCUGUGUUUACGUUAACUUGUUGGGGCACUUUUGAGAAAUAGCAGGAAGCCUCGACUGUUUGACUUUUAAAGCCACAGCAGGCCUGAAGCCCCCCGGUGCACUACAGUGUUAAUUGGACAGGUUGUUCACUUUUGAUUUUUUUCGCCCCCAACUUUGGCAACUUGCAGUUACUUCCUGUUUCUGUUCCGGCGUCAGAACAAAGAAAACUCCGCCCACAGAGUUACGACUCUUUUGUGACACAGUUUGCAUUUCUGGCUACAUGUUUGUGUAGUUUCAGUAAAACGCAGACGAAGUGGCAUCACAUUGGAGUUAUGUGUAGAGUAGCUACACUGGAGUUUAAAAGCAAAAAAAUAUGUUGAACUAUUGAAAACAUCAGGAGUAAAUAAGCUAAGACAUGUUUUGUUUGUUUAGCUGCCUUCAUGACAAGAGCCAAAACACACAAAUUUGUCCACUUUAGUCUUUAGCCUCAAAAGACCAUGAUGGACUGCAGCUACUGUUUCCAGUCUCGAUGUCUGCGACUAUUUGUUUCUCUGAAAAAUAAUCAUGCAGUGAUUAUUUAAAAGAUUAUUUUAAUCAUUUGUAAGACUAACGUUUGCCACUGUACUUCCUUUCCAGGUUACCAGAAAUGACAUGUCUUGUGCAACACAAAAAGAUAUUUACAUAUUAACUUCUAUGAAAUUAUACAAAGUGAUGUCAUAUAACUUUGACAUUGUAUAAAUAAGGCAUAAACACGAGUCCUUUCUAAGUCGCAACAGGUUGAAAAUCUUUACAUUUGUGCAGCACACAGCUGAAUAUUUUUUAUCCAUAUGUUUAGAAGAGUUUAUCAGGACUGUGGAAAUAUCUUGCAGCAGUGAAGCUUCUAGAUUUAAAAAAAAAAAAUCACCAGGAAUCAUAUUUUCAAAGAAACAAAUGCAGAGUUCUGUGACUUGAAUAUAAUAUUAAUGAAUGAGAGGCAUGACGUGGGGCCGUGCAGCUACAACACCUGAUUCAAUUUGGUCUUCUCCUCCACAGAAAAAAAAAGAACAUUUAUUUUCAGAUGAUAAAACAUGGAUAUUUUUCUUUUUAAGAUUUUUCUUUUUAACAUGACUCCUGUCUCCCCGUCUCUAGCUGCCUACUUCCUCUUGCAGCUCCUCAGUAUCACCGCUGCUCUCAGCCCAAGUGCCAAAAAAGUGACAGAUACAGACUUAUGGUUUAUAUGGCUUAGGUUUUAUAUAACUUAAGCCAUAUAUAUAUAUACAUAUAUGUAUAUAUAUAUAUAAUAAAGUUAUAUAUAACUUAAAGGCUUUAAUUUGUGACUUCUGUUACAUAGAGUUACGUGUGUCUGGUCUAACAUCCCUGACAGAGAAGCCUUAGCUCAAGGAUCAAUUUUAAAUCGGAUGCACUUUUAUGUCAAAUGAAUGUCGUGGGGGGAUUUUGUUCUCAUUACCAAAAAUUUGUUCUUUUUUUUUACACUUAAAAAUGUGGGAAAAAAAAUUCACUUUUAUUUAUAUCCCCGUGCCCAUGCCAAUUAGAUUUUAAAGGAAAAAUAUAUAUAUAAAUGUAUAAAUAUAUUUUUUAUAUUUAGACUGUGUCAGACCUGAUGAUACUUUUGAGGACAUGGUGUCGUCAAAAGUAAAUCAUAGAAAAGCAGCUGGUUUUGCAGACGUCACAGAAGAAUUUAGUUGUUUUUUUUGAUAAAUGAAAAGCGGAUUGGGAAGCGAACUCUGGCGCCGGAUGGUUCUUGUUACAAGGAAAAAUCUUUCCACACAUCCACAGAUGUACAACACGAUUAUACCUGACAGGUUAUGGAAACUUUGCGUCAUUUAAGCCAUAGUACUACUGUAUGUAACAUCUAUAGGACAUAAAAAGAAAAUCGAGGUGUGUGUGUGUGUGUGUGUGUGUGUGUGUGUGUGUGUGUGUGUGUGUGUGUGUGUGUGUGUGUGUGUGUGUGUGUGUGUGUGUGUGUGUGUGUGUGUGUGUGUGUGUGUGUGUGUGUGUGUGUGUGUGUGUGUGUGAGUGAGUGUGUGUGAGAUGAGCAGGAAUCGGAGCCAGUGCUUGAUGUCAGAGUUCGCCGUUCAACCCAGACGACGACUUUGUUUAUCCCGGGGCUCAGACGAAGAGUCCAGUAUUAAGAGAUUUCAGGGCAAAGGGGCUUCCUGCUGCUGCUGCUGCCGCCUUAACGCUAACAUGAAGAUGUUUCUACGCAGCUGCUACUGUACACGUUAAAAAGGCAGCUAGAAUAUGUUCAGAGUUUUAAAAAAGGAUUUUUAAAGGAAAAGGGCCCUGGGAUAAUCAAAUGAACACAAUCUAGUUCGUUAGACAUCUAUACAUGUCAAAUGUAUGAUUAUGUAUCAUGACAGGACUUGCAGUGCAAAGUCUUAAUGUAUCAAAUUUAUUUUACAACAAGAAAAAGAAUAGUAUGUUUAGUGACAUAUGUGUAUGUAUGUAUAUGUAUGUGUCAUGGCCUCUACAAAACAAAUAAAUUGUUUUUAAUAAAAA